AUGUUUAAAGUCGAAAACGGUUAUGACUCUAUUCUUGAUCAUUGUGUGAACUCUGCAAUGCUUUCAUGUAGGAAUCUUACAACAGAGCAGCUUGAAGAACUACUCCGGAAUGACGAGCGUGUUACAACAAUUAUCCAAAGUUUACCUCAAGUUCGUAAUUUACCCUCAGAGAGAGAGAUGGGGCUUUCUGAAAAUAAAGCCUUGGCUGAAUGGAACUUAGCUCAAAAACCAAGACUCGAUCAAUUGAAAGAUAAAAUGAGGCAGUCACAUACGAAUGCCAAAAGUUUGAAAACUGACGUCGAGGUUUUGAAAGGAAAAUUAGAUACAGAUGGUGGGUCAAAGUCUCUUGAAGUGGUCAAUAACCUGCUUAUGGUUGCUGCUCAGGAAGCAGAUGAUGAUGCUGAGGCUUUAGCUAAAGAGUUGUAUGAGCAAAAUGUGCCAAUAGACAUAUUCUUGAAAGAUUUCCAGCAAAGAAAGAAAAUAGCUCAUUUGAGAAAAAUUAAAUCGGAGAGACUCAAUAAUUUACUUCGUGAGCAACAUUAUUCAUCGAAUUACGGAACGGCACCUUAUCCAGAGAUUCCUAAACACCGUUUAUUUUAA